AUGUAUUAUGAUCCAAGUACAUUAUCUAAUAUUAACGAAAUACAGACUAACCAUAUUGACUUAAACUUAAAGGUUGACUUUGAGAAAAAAAUUCUUGAUGGCACCGCUAAAUUAAGUCUCGUUACCGCAGCUGAUAAUAUUGAUAAAGUUGUUCUUGACACGAAAGGUCUCAAUAUUAAGUCAGUUUUACAAGACGGAAAAAAUUUAAAGUUUCACGUUAAUAAUGAAAUCGAUCUUUUUGGGUCGAACCCCUUGCACAUUGAGUUUAACAAACCUUUAACAACUGGUACCAAAGUUGAAUUGGAAAUAAUAUACAAUACCACGGCACAAGGUACUGCAGUCCAAUGGUUAGAAUCAAGUCAAACGGUUGGAAAGAAGCACCCUUAUCUCUUUACGCAAUGUCAAGAGAUUCAUGCACGAUCUCUUUUACCAUGCCAAGAUUCACCAUGUUUCAAAUUAACCUAUAAUGCCAAUAUUCAAGUUUCUGGUUCUCUUAGAGCUUUGAUGAGUGCAAUUAGUGUUGGGGAAGAAGUGGUUGAUGGCGGCAAGAGCAAGAUUUAUAAAUUUGAGCAAAAAGUUAAAAUCCCCUGUUAUUUGAUUGCUUUGGCGGUUGGAAAUUUGGUAGGAAAAGAAAUUGGUCCUAGAUCAACUGUGUGGACCGAACCGGAAGUUUUACAAGAUGCUGCAUGGGAAUUUGCAGAUACUGAAAAAUUUAUUGAAACUGGGGAAAACCUUCUGACUCCCUACGUAUGGAAAAAAUAUGAUAUAUUGGUUCUUCCUCCUUCGUUCCCUUUUGGUGGAAUGGAAAAUCCUUGUUUGACAUUUGUUACUCCUGCUUUGAUAGCUGGAGAUAGAUCUCUUAUAGAUGUGGUUGCACAUGAAGUUGCUCAUAGUUGGACCGGGAAUCUUGUCACUGCAGCAAAUUGGGAAAAUUUUUGGCUCAAUGAAGGAUGGACCAUGUUUAUGGAAAGAAAGAUUACUGGCCGUUUGUAUGGCGAAAAAGAAAGUGAUUUUCAGGCAAUUAUUGGAUGGAAGGAAUUAGUGGAUGGUGUUGAAUUCUUGGGUAAAGACAGUCCUCUUACUAAAUUACAACCUGAUUUGAAAGGGGUGGAUCCUGAUGAUAGCUUUUCUAUUGUCCCUUAUGAAAAGGGAUAUAAUUUUUUAUAUCAUAUUGAGCAAGUAGUUGGUGGGCCUGAAUUCUUCGAGCCUUACAUGAAAGCUCAUAUUGAAGAAUUUGCUGGUAAAUCCAUUGUCACAAAUGAUUGGAAAAAUUUCUUAUAUUCAUUCAUGGAAAAAAAUUAUGGAUCCGCAAAAAAAGAUGCAUUGGAUAAAAUCGACUGGAAUGGCUGGUUACAUGCUACUGGAAUGCCACCGUUAAAAAAUGAAUUUGACCAAACUCUUUCAAAAGAAUGUAAUGAACUUGCUGAAAGGUCCGAAUGUGGAAACUUUGCUGAAUUCUCGCCAGCCGACAUUGAAAAAUUUACUGCUUUACAAAAAAUGGCAUUCCUGGACUAUUUAUCUGAGUUUUCAUCCUUUCCUCAUUCGGCAAUUGUUGCAAUUGAUAAAGUUUACAAUUUUACCGCCGUUAAAAAUGUGGAGAUUAGUUAUAGAUGGUUAAAAGUUUGUUUAGCAGCAGAAUAUGAACCCAUGUAUCCUCGCGUUGUUAAAUUUUUAACUGAACAAGGAAGAACGAAAUAUAUUAGGCCUUUAUACAGGUUAUUGAAUAAGACCAAGAAUGGAUCGAACUUAGCAAAGAAUACUUUGGCUGAGAAUAGAUCAUUUUACCAUCCCAUUGCUAUAAGCAUGAUUGAAAAGGAACUCUCCGCCUAA